GUGUUUUGUGAAGAUUUCGGACGAGUGAACGUGUGACUUUUCUGCUCUUAGUUUCUUUAUCAAGAGUCCCCCAAAGUGAUUUGUGGCUUUUCCUCCGCGGAAGGCGCAAAAGAAUGGAGAGUGAUGCCAUGAAUCGUGUUUCCAGUGACAGUGGCACGAGUUCGUAUGAGUGCGAAUCGGAGAGGAUGCCAGAGAGACCUCCGCGAGGGAUCAGAAACUCCUCCUGCCCGAAGAAUAUCGUGCAAAUGCGCAAAUUGCAGUUUGAGCGAUUGUGCCAAGAGAAUCGCGAGGAGCCGCGAUGCACGAAGACCAUCAGGAUCAGUCCGGAGUUGCCCAGGAAAGCGCCUGAGCCCCAGGAGGAGCCCGAAGAGGAGAAUGAUGAGGAGGAGGAAGAGAUCGUCGACACUGAAGUGAGUCAUGCUGAAGAAACAACGCAUGAAGAGGAGGAUCGGGAGGCAAACGAUAACCGGAGUGUUGAGCAAUCCACUGAUAACGCACCAACACAAGCGAUUUGCGAUUCUAGUGAUUUUGAAGAGGCUGAAGAUGGGGAAGACGUUGAAACUUCUGUAUUGCCUGUGAUCGAGGUGAAGAACACAGAAAUCUAUGACGACACUCCUCAAGACUAUGACGACUUUAGCGAGAGCACUUUCGAUUCGUCGGACUCUGACGAUGAUGAUUACCUUCAAGUACCACAGCAAUCGCGUCCAGUGUCUCAGGAUUCAAUAUCAACGCGAGUGAUUCUCCUCGUCGACGAAUUGAUCAAGACAGAGGAAACCUAUGUAAAUAUUCUUCAGCGAGGCAUUGACAACUACACCAAUGUCUUCAAGGGAGAACUUCCGCCAACUUUGCGUGGCAAAGAGAAUGCCAUCUUCGGUAAUCUCAAGAGAGUGUGUGAAUUCCACGCGGAAGAUCUUCUGCCGAAGUUGAAACAGUGCAAUGGAGACGUUGAGAAGAUCUCGAGUGUGUUCAUGACGCUCAUUGGCGAAGACUACUUCUACUGUCACGUUCUCUAUGCUAUGAAUUGCUCCAAGUCCAAGAAAAUCUGCGAGGAUCACGUGAAGUUCUUCGCGAGCAAGAUGGAGGGAGUCGGUGAUCGACUGGGCAUUCUCAGUUUGCUUUUGCAACCAAUACAGAGAAUUCCACGCUACAAGCUGCUGCUGGAGAACGUCUUGGAUGAGCUGGGGAAGCAAAUUGAGGCCUCUUCGGAGGUGAAAUCCCAAUUGGCCGCCACAUCCAGAGCCUGGAAGGCUGUGGAGAAGUUGGCGGCUUGUGUGAAUGCUUCGGUGAAUGUUAAUGACAUCGUUGAAUGCUACGAGAUUAAUCUCAUGCAUCAGGGAAAAUUCCGUGACUUUCAGGCCUUUGAAUUUUAUGACAAUGACACCGGCAGACGCUUCAAAGGCAACGCUUUUCUCUUUGAGAAGUGCAUCGUGUACACGGAAAACAAGAGUGUUUCGGAUCAGAACAACUUCGCCUACCGCGGACAUUAUGGCUUUGCGAAGUUGGGAAUUCUUCCGGAUGUUAAUCGAGGGAAGUUGUCGCUGUUCAGGGACCGCCUUGGGCAGCAACAGUUGGACAUCUAUGGCCCAACGCCGUCCAUCAGUCGAUGGAAUGAUCAUGUGACGAGUGUUCUUAUGGAAUUUGCCAAUGAAGAGAAAGAGAAGAACAGCCGCGGAAAGAUAAAUCGUCAGAGCUACAAGUCAGUUGUGCCGGAGUUCAGGAGCAGCACCAGAGGCAGCAUUAUGAGCAACCUGAGCAUCGCGAGCUCGUCGAGUGGCUACAGAAGUAGUCAAUAUAGUAGUGAUCUCGAUAUGGACAGUCGAAGAACCACAUGGUAUGAGAACAAGAACCUUCAGAUGCUGCUAAACUCAGAGAAGCACUACGUCUCAAUGCUGUACACGUACAAGAAGAAGCUGAUCGAUCAUCUCGAGCCAGAUGUUAAACAGUUAAUCGUUGGCUACAUCAAUUGCCUAGAGGCGAUUUGUCAGAUGCACAGAGACAGAUUUCUGCCCAAACUGCAGGAAUGUGACAUGGUUGCUGAGGAAAUUUGUAAUCUCUUCAAUGACUUCAUAUCGGAUGGCUCUUUCGGCAUCUACAUGACAUACGCGACGGAAAUGAUGAGUGUUCACCAAAUUCUUCUUGAUUACAAUGUAAAAUUUUGCCCACGAAAGAGACAAACAACACUGAUGAGUGAGGAUUACGAGACCGGAAUCAAGGUGUUUCUGAAACUGCCAGUGAAGCGAUUAUCUGCCUACGAAGCUGCCAUUCACUUUAUUCUUGAGUGCUUCUUCAGUGAAGGAGUUAAUACGAUGAGCUCAAUCUUCAAAGUUGCCGCUGUUCUUGAGGCUGAACUCAACAAUCUGACCAAAUCCGUGGAGAAUAACUUCAAAGUCUUCACGUGCAGUGAUUUCAGGAUGAGUCGCAGAAGUGUUGGAUUCGUGCGAUAUGCUGAUGACGUGGCCGCCAGUACCUUUGGAACGUGGAAUUACUGCAUUCUGCUGAUGGAGAGACAGAUUCUCUGCUGCAAAGUCAAGAAAGAUCAAGACUCUUCCUACUUCUCUUCCGUCCUUUUUCACACCACCUAUGAUAAUCUCGUUAUUCGCGAGAGCAAAAUGAAUGCCAAUAGACUGAAGUUCUGCCUCAAGAGUGGCGAUCAAUCCGUCUAUCCGCUCCUCUUCCGCACGCUGGACAAGAAACAACUCUUCAUGAGGAAGUUCACCGAAUUCUACCGAAAGAGUUUUACGUCAAGAAAGUGAUAAGGAAUUAUUUGAUAAAGACAGACAUUUUUGUAACUUUGCAUGUUUUAAUCACAAUUAAUUGGGCGAUCAAUUUGUGAUAAGGCUAGUAUAGGUUUUUAUCUAAGAUCGUCUUUCAAGUUUGCCAGUCAGUUGGGGAAAUCUUUCACUUUGCGAGAGGCACAGCAAUGAAGAUAUUCUCACUUGUGGUGUUUUUCACAGCGAUUUUUGCUUGCGAAGCAAAUCCUUUUACAGACGCUCACGCGUAUCUUCAUGGAGUCUUCCUAGACCAGAAAAACUACCUCGAUGGAGUUCGAGAGUUUGUGAGUGUUUACAGCGAAAUUGUGGCUUAUGACAUGAUGGAAAUCGUGGUGACGGAGAUGACAGGAUGGGAAACGCGUGGGAAAACUUGUCUGGAA